AUGAAAAAUGGCGCAAGGUCGGCAGAUGUUAGUAGUGCUUUUGCAAACUUUGGUCAAGGUGUUCUGACUCAAACUGCCGACAACCCCGGUGUUAAGAAACUGGCUGCAACACUUGAUAAGAGUCAUUUGAAGAGCUGGUUUGAGGGCGUAAGAGAUAAUCUUGCACAUGCCUUAGAGGGCGCAUUAUUUUCUCUUCAACAAAUAGCCACCAUGCCAAACUCUACCGGCCGACAACCGCUGGAUCCCAAGCCUCUCAUCGAAGCUCUCCAAGCCGACCUUAUAGAAAAAGUGGAAACCGCAUUUGGAAAAAAUGGAUGGACCUUUUCUAUUACACUUGGACAAAAUGAUGUUAUGAAUGAAUUCCAUGCCGCCGAGCAAGCGAUUAAUGGGAGCGUUUCUCAGAUAGGUACGCAAUUAGCGAAACUAAAAAAACUCCCGGAAACUAUUAAUGAUACAAGUGAGGAAGCCCAGAAAAUUAUGAAAGAUAUUAAAAUACAAUUCACCACACUGCAAGGCAAGAUUGAGAAUAUUGAGGAUAGUAAGCAGGCCGAGCUCACGCAGCUGCAGACCGUCGUCACGGCGCAGUUGGCGGAGAUUGGAAGGAUUAUUGCGGAGGAUAAAGCAACAGGGGUGAAGGGAUUUUUGACGAGAUUAAAUGAAGGAUUUGACGAGACGUUAGACAUAUCAACGCUGAAUAGUAAUACAACACUAGACGAGUUGGCGAGCAACGCUAAAUUCUUUUUUUAUGGACUCAUGAUUUACGUUGCAGAUCAAGUCAAGACACCGAAACCAGAUAAAACACCGCCAAAGAAGAGAAUGAUCAAUCCCGUCAAGUUGAUAAAAUUCGAGACGACAUCCACUGAUAACCUAACGUCACUUAAAAUGUCACUUACUAACCUAACCCCUAAGAAAUUUGACGGCAACAACAACAAAUUGCUUGACCUAAUUAGUGAUGGUGUUGGUGAUUUCAUCAAGCAGUUAGAGUAUGCUUACGUGAGUGCGUACUCCGGUCAACAGCUUGGUGAUGAAUUGCUUAUUGACAUAAUGAGCUCUGUCACGAAGACAUCAGAGUUAACACACGAGGGCAGAAACUGCUCUAAAGCGAUUUGUUCUAUUAUAGACAUCCUGUAUCAUGCAUUCAACGACUUCAACUCCGGCAUUUUGCAUCCGGAGAGUUCAUGGUCCAGCCAACGUAUAAAAUCGACUACCGAUUUUGGUGCCUUUCUCAAACGUUCGGUUACCGUGUUCCGUCAAAUCGUGACAACAAUGAUGGGGAACUCAAGAACAAAAAUGACAUGA